GAGACAAGCAGUUUCUUCCUCUAUCUAUCAAAGGUCGGCUGGGUCAGGUGGAACUGCUGAAUUAAAUUAUUUUAUUUCAAUAAUUAUACACGUCAAUUUAUCUCUAAAAAUGUUUUCGCGAGCCCUGAGACCCGUUGCCAAUGGCGUGUACUCCCAGACUAGUUCCAUGAACUUCUCCACUACCUCUCAGAGGAAUUUCAAAGUAGUGGUAGCUGGUGCCUCCGGUGGCAUCGGCCAACCCUUGGGACUCCUGCUCAAACAAAACCCUCUCAUAACCCGCCUGGCCCUGUACGAUAUCGCGCCGGUGACCCCUGGAGUGGCCGUGGACCUGUCACACAUGGACACUCCAGCUAAGGUCUCCGGCCACAAAGGACCUGAACAACUAGCAGAUGCCAUCAAAGGUGCUGACGUAGUAGUAAUCCCCGCUGGAGUUCCCCGCAAGCCGGGAAUGACCCGCGAUGACCUCUUCAACACGAACGCGUCCAUCGUCCGCGACCUGGCCAUCAACAUCGCACAGAAUGCACCCAAGGCCAUAGUGGCCAUCAUCACCAACCCGGUUAACUCCAUGGUGCCUAUCGCUUCUGAAGUUCUGAAGAAGGCUGGGGUAUACGACCCCAGACGCGUCCUGGGCGUCACCACCCUCGACGUGGUCCGAGCGGCCGCGUUCAUCGGCGAGAUCAACGGUGUGGACCCGCGCAGUGUCACGAUACCGGUGAUAGGCGGUCACUCCGGAGUCACCAUCCUGCCCGUGCUGAGUCAGAGUCAGCCGGCGGUGAAGCUGACCGACCAGGGCAAGAUCAAGGCGCUCACUGAGAGGAUACAGGAGGCGGGGACUGAGGUAGUCAAGGCUAAGGCUGGCGGCGGUUCAGCCACGUUGUCUAUGGCGUAUGCUGGAGCCAGGCUCACCAACUCUGUGCUGAGAGGACUCAACGGCGACUCGAACGUGGUAGAAUGCGCGUACGUCAAAUCCGACCUGACUGAGGCGGCUUACUUCGCGAACCCACUGGUUCUCGGCAAGAACGGAGUGGAGAAGAACCUCGGGUUCGGAAAAUUGAACGCGUACGAACAAGAACUACUCAAAGCCGCUAUCCCCGAACUACUGAAGAACAUCAAAACUGGAGAGGAUUUCGCUAAAAAGUAAAUAAAAA